AUGGGCAAGAAUGACACCAUUCCUGCCCAAUUAAGCAGCAUCAGACUUGUGCCUUCACAAGACGACGAAGGGCACCGACGUGAAGAUCCAGCCAAAUUGUCUUCGGAACCAACUGUCCGUCAGAUUGCCGCACCCACACCUCGACGGAAAAUUCCUUCUUUUCAAUUCGACUUCUCAUCCCCAAAUCUCGGCGAGAGUGCAGUCACUCCUCCAGAGCCAUCACAUGAAAGCUCCGAGACAGAGAGACGCCGUCGGGACCAUGCUCGGUCCAGCUCGCACGCUGUGCCGUGGUCGCUGCCAGGUCAGCCCCUGCGAUCGAAUCCAGUCGAGCCAGCAGGUCCAUCAGUCAUUCCCCAGUAUUCACCACACCCCUUCAACGAGUCACGCUUUAGCAGAAACACCAGUAGCCUGUCGGAAGGUGCAUCACCACCUUCGCCAGCAGCAGACAAGUCGUUCUUUAGUCCCACCACGGCCGAAGAUGAUAGCCCUCAAGACGAUUCUUCGUCAAGUGAGGCGCGCUCUGCAGUCCAGCCCAUCUCGUACCAUGCUUCUGCGGAAAUCGAUAGCAGUCCGCCACCACUUGCUCUUCGUCGAGAGGAAAGGGCCAUCUCGUCCCCACGGACUCCACCAACGCCUUCAGCAUGGCGCUCAUUCUUCGCGGCACCACCACUGCCACAGUCCAGAUUUAGUGCUAGCACGACCUCUCCAGCUGCUGGAACUCAAGAAUUUCCAGAAACGCCGAGCCCGCCGGGUCUUUCUGGAUCCGAUUCCGAUUCUGACGACUCCUUUGACGGAACCUCGCUGCCAGGCCUCGUGGCUUUACCCGAGACAAUAGCCACAACUAUCCCAAGGCGGACGAACUCAUCAUCAUCGGCACUGUACGGGCACUCAUUUCCAACUACGCAGCUGGAAGCCAUCGAGGAAGACGAAGUUUAUCCUUCUUCCCCGCCCGCUGUGCCUCCACCACUUCCGACUCGAAGUCCCAAACGCCCAGGCACUAGUGAGCUGCACUCACCAACGUCUGUCCGUUCUUCCACUUCGACUGACUAUGCCUACCCGAUGGCCAUUAGCACUGCCAACGCAUUGGCAGCGGCUGCUGGAGGACUUGAUCCAGAGUCAGGUCGCUCAAGUUUGCGCUUGCACACACCACCUCCCGUCGCAGGCCCACGACGACAGAACCGGCUGUCGACACCGCCCCAGAUACCACCAUUGCCUCCUUUCGACCAUAACACAUCGGCUUUGCAGCGUCUUUUCUCGUACUACCCAUCGCCCAGGCUACCCACGGAAACGCCGCAUCUAGAUCAACAGCCCUUUCCACGAAGUGUUCAGCUGUGGUCCCCAGCUUCCUCCAUCCUCACCUUUCACUCUGUUCGUGGACCACAAGGAGAACGAUUUUCGCAGUUGCGAGAUAAGCGGCAGAGCCAUGGAGUAUACUGGGCCGAUGGAACAGUCAAGAAGCCGCACAGGUGGUGCGGAAUCAGAGGUAUGAGCUGGAAGAUGUGGGCGGUCAUCCUGGUCGUCCUCGUUCUGGUCUUUGGUGUAACUGCUGUUGGUGUCGGGGUCGGUUUGAGUAGCCGCAACGGCGGUCACGGCAAAGGAGGGAGCAAUGCGGGAUUUGAUGAUCUCAACAAUGGAGGAGACCAGGGAGCUGGGAAUGGCGGCAACCAAGCACAAUUCCCUGCUGGAGUAUUUAAGAUCAUGACAAACCUGGCAAAUGUCACAACCUCGUGCACGAAUGUCUCCGCCACAUGGAACUGCGCGCCGGGAGCUGGGCAGACUUUCUGGGAUGCUGGUGCCAAUUCUAGUGCCGUCACUGUGGUCUGGAAAAUCCGCCAAGCGAACCUGACUGAGGGUCUUGAAGGCAAUGGAUUUGUGGUGACAAGUGCAGACGAUCCAUUUGCUUUACGCUUCCGAAAUGUGUCGAUUACACUCCGGGAAACGGGCGGGGAGAACGAGCACUGGGGCUUCGAGACUCGCGUUCGAAAAAGAGUUCGUCCUUCUGUAGAUAUCACUGGUCGGAAUGUGGCCGUCGAGUGUGACUACAACAGCGUCACCCUACGUGCAAGACUUUUCACAAGACGACAGUCUGACGCUGGCCUUGCUGGUGGAGAGGGCGCUUGGCCUGGAGCUGUUGAGACAGAAGAGAGCAGUGAGAUCGAGGGCUCGUGUGCUGAGGUUCGCAACGGCGUCCGGAGCGACGAUGUUGAUGUUGGGGUGGGACCUGGACAGUGUUCGUGUGCAUACAGAAAUUUCGACCCAGGCGAUGAGUAG